UAACGAUGACUUGCUAUCAGAAAUUGAGUAAUCGUACAAAGGGUUAAAUUCGAAAGUGAGAGCGAAACAAUGUUUCCUAUAAAAUGCAAUGAAACUGCUACCAAACACAUCAUUUAUUUUGAAAACUUUUAGACAAUAACAUACGGAACACAAGAGCCAUGGAUUUCUAUUAUAUGCCACCAUCUGCCCCCUGCCGUGCCGUUGAAAUGACCGCUAAGGCUGUAGGCGUUGAGUUGAACAAAAAAGUCAUCGAUCUCACCAAGGGUGAACACCUGAAACCAGAAUUCGUUAAAAUCAAUCCUCAACACACCAUUCCCACUUUGGUCGAUGGCGAUUUCACCCUCUGGGAAUCUCGUGCCAUUAUGACAUAUUUGUGUGAGAAAUAUGACAGCAGCAAGAAAUGGUAUCCAGAAUGUCCCAAAAUUCGUGCAAUCAUCAAUCAACGCAUGUACUUCGAUAUGGGCACCCUGUAUAAGAGUUUUGCCGAUUACUAUUAUCCUCAGAUCAUGAAGAAAGCUCCCGCUGAUCCAGAAAUGUUCAAGAAAAUCGAACAAGCUUUUGAGUUUUUCAAUACUUUUUUGGAUGGUAAACAAUUUGCUGCCGGUGAUGCUGUAACCGUGGCGGAUAUUGCUCUCUUGGCUACGGUGACAAAUUUCGAGGCGGCCAAAUUUGAUUUGAGCAAAUACGCCAAUGUGGCGAAGUGGUAUGAGACUUGCAAAACAGCUGUGCCUGGUUUUGCUGAAAAUGUUGAGGCUUGUGCUAGCUUCAAGAAGUAUUUUGAAAAUUAAGUAGAUAAUUUAUUGUUGUAAAAUUAAUGUUGUAGAUUUUAAAUAAAUUAUUAUGUUUUGUUAUUUAUUGAAAA